GAUGUGCUACUCUUUUGAGGUUCUUCGAUUCUUCGUGUGAGUAGUUUCAGUAUUUUUUUCUGUAGAGCCUGGAAUAAACAAUUUUUCAAGUGUAAGCUAUGCACAUUCCAUAUUCCACGUUCAGCAUUCAACAUUCCAUUUACCUGGCGGCACCUGUGAGGCGUAGGUGAGGAAGUCGACGAGCGUUACACAAUUCUCGGCUGGCCAACCUGUUUCUCAGGGGUCUCUCGCUUCUCACCUCUCUUCGCCGUGUCAGGGUCUUUGAUUUGAAUAUGAGGAACGGCGAGGGGAAAAGAUAGGCGGCUGGAGGGGACACGCCCCUGCGACCGACAUGGUUUGGUGGAUCGGCGAGUGACUCAUCCCCGUACAUCAAGAAAAACAAAGCCAAGCACACCCAAAACGAACAAACAAAACAACGUACAUUCAGUUCUGACCAGAAGAAAUGCAGGCGGUUAGUGGUUAACCCUGCGGGAUUUUCUUUGCCGCUGGCCCCACUGUCAUUAAUUAAAAGAAAGCAAAUUAAAUGGAAUUACACGCAUUAACAGAAAACGAUUAAUACAGAACCCAAAACAUUAACUUGAUUAGGGGAAAAUAUACAAUUUGACUUCUUAUGUGAUUAGUGAUUAGCAUGUCUUUAGGCCGUGAACAAAUCUUUAAACUGGUUCUAAUAACAGACACUUUUAAAACAGUUUGUGUACAGCAUUUAAAACUGUCCUUGUUUCUGAGUAAAGUUUGGAUACAAAAAUGAAAGAACAAAAUAAUAAAAUAAUAAAUAAUAUCUAAGCUGGUCUUAAUACAAUCUCUUACCGAGUAGUAAAACUAAUAAUUUCUGUAAUAUUUAGCAAUAGAUCUAAAUAUUUUGUUUUUCAAAUGGAACACAAUCAGAGCCCAUUGGCCAUUUGAGGGUUAAGCUGGAGAAGAGUGAUUCGAAGGCGAAGUCGACGUCUCGGGGCCAAUUGAGUGCAGCGACUUUGGCUGAGAUAAUGAAUAUCGGUGCCGGCAGUCGGAAGCGGGACAGAAAGAGGGGCUAUUGAGAAAGAGAAAGAUAUGUUAUACAUACAUAUAUAGUUGGGGGGUAGUGCCUUCACUUAAGUCUAAACUUUAAACAUUUCAGAGGCAUCGACUUUCUGCAGUUGUCACACUCUGUGAGAAAUUAAAUCGUUUUGGGAUGAAAUUAUUCACUUUCUUAAGUCAAUAUUAUGUUGUUAUCAGACAUAAUUUUAUUUCAUAUAGAUACGGGAAUUACAUCAUAUAUCAGUUAAUAAGAUCGUUUUGUGAUGAGAUUGUUUACUUUCUUUAAUGACUUUCGUUUUAAAAUGCAACCUUUUAAAAAACAAAAAUAUAUUUUCCUGCUUUAAGACUUGCUUAAAUAGAUCAGAUUUUAACUUUCGACUUUCCUCACGCCACAUUGAACUAUGAUUUUGGGAUUCGAUUUCGAAGUAAACUAUUUCAAAAUGUAUAGCUAUGAUUUUAUUUUUUAUAAAAAAAAUGAACAAAUUACCCAUAUUGUGCAGUGCUGUGUAUCUUACUAUCUCUCCAUUAUUUUCUCACUUGAUAUUGACUUGUGACAGCAGCAGCGAUAAGAGAAAGUAGUGAGAAAGAUAAAGAGAAAUGCCUCAGCAGCAGGCGAAGGAUAUCAACGAUAACCUCGGCAUGGAGUCUCCCAUUUACGAGAACCUGCCGCCCAAUAACAACAACCACACCCCCACCACCCCCAAGGGUCAGCCCAUUCCGGAGCUGCGGAAAUACUUUCCACGCGAGGCGAUCUACGAGAAUCUGUGUCGCGGCUGCGGCUACGGGGUGUUUGGCGCCCAAGGACGCUUCUGCCAUUUCUGCCAGUGCAUCGUCAGCGGGGGGUGGUGCUGAGUCCGCCACCCCCCCACUCCCCCGCCCCUCACGCCCACUCCCCUUGAGAGCAGCAAUAUCUAUGAGAAUAUCUGCGAUUUGUGCCGCGGUAUUUAUAGCGAUAAUGAGCGAUGUCAGUGUGAAAGGAUCACCACUUCAGCUGCAGCCACACCCACCGUUACGCCCAGCGUAACGCCCACUGCCACUCCCACUCCCACCACACCCACACCCACCGCCAAGGUCAAGGCGUCGCGCACUCUCUUAGGCUACUCCAAGUCCAGUGCCGCGACCUUGACCCGACUCUUUGGCUCUCUAAAGCAGCUGAAUCGCUCUUCCUCGCUGCAGCGCAGGAUAUUCGCUAGGACACCGCCUCCCGGCGGUUCCGGCUCCCUGGAGAUCAUACACAACGUGGACGAGGUGUUCCGCACCCAGGAGACCUUUGACCUGCAGCGCAUCUGCGAGCUCAAGAGUCAGAGUCAGCAGGCUCAGCUUAAGAGCAGCCAAAGUGAUCAGCAUAUAUACGGCCGUGUAAGAGAACCGGAGCCGCAGCCGCAGCCGGAGAGCAAUGGCAAAAGAGAGCACGGGCGCCUGAAGAAACCGCGCGUCUCUCGCAUGCGCCUGCUGCAGGACGAGCAAAAGAGAGCGGAUGGGGGCUGCGUGGAGGCGUCCCUGUAUCUCAACGAAAGCAUUUGCCAGUGGAUGACGUCACUGAGGCGUCAGGUGCACCACUACGACGAGGGGGCGUGGCAGCAGCCCAAGAGCGUGCCGGCAAGAGAGCGUUUGGCGAUCCGCAAGGAGGAAGAGGUCACCACAACGGUCACGCUGCGAAGGAGUAAGGAAGAGAGAAUAAGGGCGGGGGUGUCGGCAGAGAAAGACGAACAGAAUCUGGUCAAGGACUUCAAGAGAAAGUUGCAACUGAAGAGGGAGCCGCCAGAGGAGCUGGCUAAGCAACAGCACCAUCGGGAGCAUCAGGAGCAUCAGGAGCAGGAGCAACGGCGCUGUGCCAUAACAGCGGCAAUUGUGAAUGACUAUCUAAGCGCGCUGGGCGAAGAGCAAGCAACGCAACAAGUGGCGCUGAUCGAAGAGCGUUCGAAUUUCUCUUUGCCCCAAAUCUCUCUCUUCGGCUUAAUGCAGAGCCUCACUCUCGCCACCAGUUUGCACGUGUGUGUGCGUGGCUUUCUCACCGUCUAUGACAAAUCGCUCAGCCAGUGGCUAUAUCUCCAGCAGCAGCAACAACAACAGCCGAUCAUUAGUUAUCGCCGCCGGAGAGCGCGUGACUCAGAUUCUGCUGGAGAAUGGCGCCUGCUUCUCUUCCUCGGCGGUCGUCGGCGAGUGGUUUCAUUUUCUCCCGCGCUUUCAGAGAGUGACGACGUGUUGUCGCAUCGCGCGGUUCGAGUUCUGCCCAAGCGAAGUGCUAAGAGCGUGACUGUGAGCGAGGGUGAGGGUGUCGUCGGUGUGGGUGAGGGAGACGGAGUGAGUGUGAGCAGGGGCGCAAGCUCCAUCAGCAGAAGCAACAAUAACAAUAGCGGCAAAAACAGAGCUUUGAUGGCGGCGCCAAAGCCAAAUGGCGAGGAAGAGCGCCCCAUUUGCAACAACAAUUCCAACAGCAACAACAGCAGCAUCACCAACAACAACAAUAACAACAGCAACAACAAUUGCUGCAGCAACACGAACAAUAAUUGCAACAGCAACAGCAACAACUACAAUCACAGUGAUGACAAUGAAAACGGAAACAACAACAACAGCAACAGCACCAGUUGCAAUGUCAGCGAACAACAACAACAGCAGCUAAUCACACAGAAUUGCGUAAUCAAAGUUCGACGUCCGGCACCAAAAGUUCCCGUUCGAAAUCCCAACACGUCUUUAAGUAAUCCCCGCCAGGCGGAAGAAGUGCUGGCACAACCAAACGCCCUGGAAAAGGAUAACAACUCUGCCGAGGCGAAUCCCGAUCAAGAGGCGGAGGAGGAGGAGGAGGAGUCCAUUUACCAACCCAUUUGGCAGUUUAAGACCAUGGAACCCGCUGAUCAGGAAAUUAUCGAAGCUCUGCCGGCAGAAGGCGAGGAUGAGGAUGAUGAGGAGGAGGACGAUGACGAGGAUGGAGACGGGGACGGGGAGGAGGACCUGGAGGACUACGACGAGUCUUUGCCCUCCGAUGCUGAUGCGGAUGUGAUGGCCCUCCAGGCGGCGGCUGUCUUCGCCGCCGGAGUUCGCCACAAGUUGUCCACAUCGACGCUGACCAAGCGCUCCAAGCUCAUGCUGCCCACGCCCCUGCCCUCGCCCACCGCCUCCAUGGACCAGGGGGCGUGGGAGACGGACAUGGAGUUCAUGUUCUCGCGGGACAACAAGGAGGAGGAGGCCGAGGAGACGCUCAGUUUGGGCAGCACGGUGACGAACAGCACGGCGACCUUGGGCUCCAUCAGUAGCACGGGCAGCUCCGGCUCCGGGCUGCCAGCACCACCAAAAGAUCUGCCAAGGCCAUCUUCGGCUGUGGCCCAGAUUGUGCCGCUGGUGCAUCCGAUCCUCAGGAACAUCUGCAUUUUCUACAGCCUCCGGGAUCCAUUGAAGUACAGCGCCAUAUUCUACGACUACCAGCGUUCGCUGGUCCACCAGCGAUUCAUGACCCGCAUCCGUCGUCCGGCUCCACCUCCGCCUGUCCAGGUGAGCCAAACCGCUCCGCGCAACGACGACAGUGGAUGCAGCUGCGAGGAUCAGGAACAGGACCAUCAUCCUGCCACCGUGGUCAUUCCCCAGCCGCUGAAGGAGGAGUGGGAGCGGGCGGUGCUCGCCGCGGGGGCGGUGGCCGGCAAGCGGGGCGUGGCCGCUCGGGCGGGACGCAAGCUGAGGGUUCGCUCCAAUGCCCGGCUGCUGCUCACCGAUUCCGUGCUGGCGUGGCGGGAAACGCUGCAGGAUGUCCACUGCUGCGAGGACGAAGAGGACAUGAUUGUGCCAGUGACUGACAUUCUGCGGGCGCAGCAGAUCAAGGAGGACAAUGAGGUGCAGCAGACGCAGCUGACCACGAUUCUGCCGCUUUUCAAGAGCGUCUCCAUUGGCAACCUGCGUGACCUGCCCGGCGAGGAGGACAAGAAGUCCAUCAAGAAUCGCAUGCGAAUGAAGUUCGCCGUCAACAGCAAUGUGUUUCGCCUCAACCGCUCGCCAAAGAGCGAGAAGAAGUCGCGUCUGCGUCGUGGCCAGGUGAACAGUCUGUACCUGGACGAGCAGAAGUACCCGCUCUUCGCGGCGCCCCUAAACGCCCUGGAGCUGAACAUGACCGACCAUCCGCAUGUGCCCCGGUUCGUGGUCGACGUGUGCGCCUACAUCGAGCAGCCGGAGUGCAUCGAACAGGACGGACUGUACCGGGCCUCCGGCAACAAGGUGCUCGUGGACGAGCUGCGCAAGAAGCUGACCCACCUGUACGAUCCCCGCUGGCUGCACACGGACGACAUCCACACGCUGACCAGCCUGCACAAGCAGUUCUUCCGCGAGCUGGCCGCCCCGCUCAUCACCCAGGAGGCCUACGAGCGCCUCGGGCGCAGCCUGAACGACGAGGCCGCCAUCGAGCGGAUGAGCCUGGCCUUCGACGACAUGCCCGAACCGAACCGCUCCACGCUGCGCUUCCUCAUCAGGCACUUGACCAGAGUUGCCGCUGCCAGCGCCUCGAAUCGCAUGCCCUCCACCAAUCUGGCCAUCGUUUGGGGUCCCUGUUUGCUCAGCGCCAAUCAAAUCCAGCUGGACAUCGGACGCAUGAAUAUGCUGGCCAAGGUGCUGAUCGAGAACUAUGACCGCAUCUUCCAUCCGGACAAUGAGCGACUAGUUUGCUAGGCUGCCGUGCCGCCCCAUCGCUGCCACGCCCCCUUCUCCACACAUCACAAAACAUGAAAAAGCAGCAUCGAUUUAAGUGCCUCAAACAUCACCAUUUUCUCACUUUAUGUUUAACCUAAUUUCUCUUUUUUUUGUGUUUUUUGUCAGCUUUAAUUCUAUGUUUUUACUUCGCUAAUUUUAAUAUUUUUAUUACUUUAUUUAUUCAUUGGAAAUGGCCAAUUGCUGAGUCAAGCCCAUCAAGAAAAUACUUACCAAAAAGACAGUAGACUAAGUUAUUACUAAAAAAAGGGGAAAAACCAAACCGCAAGGAAACCCCUAAAAUAAAACGACGAACUUUGUGGCAGCACAGUGAGCACUGCCUGCGGCAAAUCCCAUAACAUGGUGGAAUAUUAUUUUUUUUUUUGACCUGACAUCAUAUAUGAGAUGUGAUAUUCGCUGCAAACUGCAAAGCGUGAAUAUAAUGUGUAUUUAUAUCUUUAUAUUAUAUAUAUUAAUAAACCAUAUGAAAUAUUGAAAUAUAUGAAUAAAGUCCAGUACAGUAGAUAGGCUA